UCGAACAAAGCAAAAUAAUAAUAAAAAUAAGUUGAGAGUGCGUUCCUAACCUUGAUUAUUAUCUCUUCCUUCUUUCUUCCUUUUUUCCUCACUUUUCUUCUUCGAAUCUAAAAAAAAAUAUCUUAGAUUUAUUAUUAUUCUCUUUCCAUCUCUGAUAUACUCGACCUCCAUCAAUUCAAUUUUCAAUUUAAUUCAAUUUAAUCCAAUCCCUAUUUAUUUUCUCGAUCCAAAUCAAAUCACAGAGUUUCGUUGUUGCGAUUUGUUGAAACCGUUAGAAGAAGUGAAUGGGGGAAGAGGUGAGAACAGACGAAGAACGUGUAACAGAGUGGGAAAAGGGUUUACCCAGCGUUCAGGAUCUCACUCCACUUUCCAUGGCUCUGAUUCCGCCGGAGCUCGCUUCCGCCUUCAGCAUCUCCCCGGAGCCCCACCGCACUCUCUUCGACGUCAACCGCGCUUCCCGCAACACACUCUCCAUUCUCCGCGCCAGCGGAGGAAACCACCACCAAACAAUCUCCUCCACCAACGACGACCUCGACGAAGAAGAAGAUGAAGAAAUUGAAGAAGGCUCCGGGUCGGAUUCCCGAAAACAUCGGAAGAUCGAUUCCGCCACAGAAGAAGCCGAUUCAUCCGUCCGAACAGAAACGACGCUAAAACGGCCUCGUUUAGUGUGGACCCCACAGCUUCACAAACGAUUCGUGGACGUGGUAGCUCACCUGGGGAUUAAAAACGCGGUUCCGAAAACGAUUAUGCAGUUAAUGAACGUGGAAGGGUUAACACGCGAGAAUGUUGCGAGUCACCUUCAGAAGUAUCGUCUGUACUUGAAGAGGAUGCAGGGUCUUUCAAACGAUGCUCCUUCUUCUUCUGAUCAUCUUUUUGCUUCCACACCUGUUCCUCAGAGUCUGCAUGAUUCUGCUAAUGCCAAUGGGAAUUCCCAUUCACAUCAUUCUUCUGUUCCUAUUCCAAUGCCUUAUCCACCUCCUCCUUCUAUGAUGUCUAUGCCUCUUAUUGGUAUGCCACAUCAUGGUCAUAGUCAUAGUCAUAGUCAUGCUCACAUGGGCAUGCCAUUACCUCCUCCUUCUGCUGCUUCUUCUUAUCGGUCUCAUCCUUUUAAUAUGAUGCAUCAUAGGGAUUGGCCUCCUCAUCCUCACUCUCACUCUCACUCUCACCCUCAUCUCUCUCCUAAUGAUAGUAAUAAAUAAACCAAAAGGGAUUUUCUCUUCUCUUCUCUUCAGAUAUCAAUGUUUGAUUUGUUGGUUGUAACUUAAAAAUGUCUGGGAAGUAGUUGCAUUGAUCAUCCUUUUCUUCCCACAUUCACAUUCUUGAGGAAGUAUAUGAACACUUUAUGGAGCUAAAUUACAGUCUGGAUCAGAAGUAUGUACCGUGUCCGCAGAUCUACAAACUUCUUGGCACGCAUAUCUAAUUCCUGUUACAUAAAUGUAGGUGGUGAUUGUGAAUUAUGGCAUGUUUCUUCUGGUCUACCGAAACAGACAGCUGAUUCUAAAGUAAAUUCUAAACUAGUUCUCUGAUUCAUCAUAAAUAGUUAAGUGCUAUUAUACUGUGUAACGUGUACUCGUUAGAAUGAUAACCCUCCUUUUCACAACCAUUGCAACAUUGAAUAAAAGAGACUGAAAAACAGUCAGCAACCAUUUGUAACAUGUUCUGUGGCAUUAGUUGUAUCUGCUAUAUCUUUAUUUUCUUGAUUACUAUUUUAUUUGACAAGAUGCUCCAUUUUAUUAAAUUGGGGGGUAUA